AGAGGGAAAGAAGAGAAAAGGAAAAAGCAGCUCCUCAGUUGUCAGUGUUUUAAAAAGUGUUUAACCAACUCUGUGCAGCCAGAGUUAAAAGAAAAGAAGUGAGCUAAUGUUUCUCAGAAGGACUGAGAUGAAAGUCUAGACGGUUAAAUUGCGGUGGGCUGAGGAGAGCCGGCGGAGCGGAGCGGCGGCAGGAGUGACUGUGGGCGGGGAGAGAGGAAGUGUGGUCGACACGAGAGGAAUUUAAAGCCCCAUUGUUCUUUCUGAGAGAAGAGAGGCAGAGCCCAGGAGUCAGAACCACCGACGGAUGCUGGACGACAUGGAAGUGAGCUCAGCCAUGGAGAAGAUGUCUGUGCAGCAGAGAGGAGGAGGUGCAGGAGGUGCAGGAGGAGCAGCAGUGUGUCACGUGUGUGACGGGAGCUGCUCUGGAUUCCAGCCGCAUUCUUGGAGGAAGGCGUGUGUGCGGUGCGGCUGCAGCGUGGCGGACCACGCUCCUGGAGGCGACGUGGACGACGACCAGCGGAUGGGACGCCUGCUGGCUGACUCGCCCUGCUCCCACCUGACGGCCAAGGUUAAAGGAGGCGGCGGCCUUCGCUUGUACAAGAGGAACCGCAUGAUCGUGACCAACCCGGUGGUGUCGCGCAAAGACCCCACCUUCAACACCACCACGUACGAGUGGGCGCCGGGCGGCCUCAACCAGACGCUGGCCAUGCAGUACAUGGAGCUGAUCCCAGAGAGUCAGCGUCCCGUCUCCGGGACCGCCGGAGCCCUGGAGCGCCGCAGGCAGCUCUUCAGCCAGCUCCCCAUCUACGAUCAGGACCCCAUGAAGUGCCAGAGCCUGGCCACUGACCAGGAGAUCACCUCCAUGCUGCUGUUUGUGAAGAGCUACAAGCAGGAGGUGCUGGGAGUCGGGGAGGUGGCCUUACCUGGAGAGGGAGCAGCUCUGGAGGAGGCAGCCGCUCAGAGGACGGCCAAGGAGGCCAAGGAGCGCAGCAACAUCAACAAGAAGGAGGCCAAGGAGCACCAGGAGCACCAGGAGCACCAGGAGCACCAGGAGCACCAGGAGCACCAGGAGCACGGAUCCACCAACGGGACCGACGACCACACAAAGACUGGAUAUCGCUGCACCGGUUGCCACGGCGACGUUGCCAAGGAGAGUCCAGCUGUUUACGCUGAGCGUGCCGGUUACCAUGGCGCCCUGUGGCAUCCCACCUGCUUCGUGUGUUCAGAGUGUGGCCUGGGCCUGGUGGACCUGGUCUACUUCUGGUCCAAUCAGAAGCUGUUCUGUGGACGACACUACUGCCAGGGGGCGUGGCCUCGCUGCUCCGGCUGCGACGAGUUGAUCUUCUGUCCGUCGUUCCACACGGAUGAAGAUGGACGGACGUGGCAUCAUCAUCAUCACUGCUGCUGGAGGUGUGGUCAGAGCCUGGACACGCCCUGCCACCACUGACACACACACACACACACACACACACAGUCAGACAGGACAGAAAACGCUUGAGGUUGCCUUGUUUUAAAUAACGCAUCAAUAAUGGUGAUGAAGUAGCGCUUAAAGUCUUUAGUGGAUUAAAUAGUGUCUCAUCAUGUUGAGCUGAUGGAUGGAUGUUUGAAGUACUGAAGCAUUUAAAGCCUGCUGCUGUUUUAAGGACUUGAGGAACUGUUUAGUUGAGACUAAAGUGUUUAAAGUGCUUAAAGAAACAUUUGGUUAUGAGCUCUCAGAGGCUGACAGAGACGGGAAACACGUGUUUCACACACUAAGAGCAGCUGGAAGGUUAGAAACUAACCAGAACUGAGUCCAAUCAGAGAGAAACACAUUAGGAAUAAAACAGGAUGGUCAGUAAAAGGUCUGUUUACUAGAUGUUUCACUGCUCUCAGUCACAUCACACAGUCUUCAUCUGCAGAAGAGACUCAUUGAUCUCACAUGUUUCUACUCGUCAGUCAGCACAAAGAGAUUAUUAUUAUAUAUAUAUUAUUAUUAUUAACAAAUGAACACGAGGUGAUUAAACGUCCUGAUGUAGGAGACACAGGCUCACAAUCACACACUGCACCUUUAAAUACUACAGGUAAAACACUAGAAACAUUAGAAUAUCAGGAAAAAGUUCAAUGUUUGUUGUUAGACAUUUCAGAAAGUGAAACUCAAACAUUAUAUAGAUUCAUUACACACAGAGUGAAAUAUUUCAAGCCUGU